AUUUUUACGUCCCUUAUUCUAACAAACCAAAGAAAAGAAAAUGAGAGCUUGAAGAUCUAUUUUUUCUCUCUUCAGUUGAAGGCAAAAGCUAAACAAUGGGGUGCUCAUUUUCUGGUUUGAAUGCAUUGUACGAUGCCGUUAAUGGCGGAGGGGACGUUUGGAUCAACGAGAACAGGUUCAAGAUCGUGAGGCAGCUCGGUGAAGGUGGGUUCGCCUACGUUUACCUGGUGAAGGAAGUCGUAUCCGAUUCCUCUUCAGCUUUGGCCAGUGGCUUAGCCAAAAAAGUCAAGGACCCUUCACAUCUCUCUGAUGAUAGAACUUAUGCAAUUAAGAAAGUUCUCAUUCAGAAUAAUGAGCAGUUGGAUUUGGUUCGAGAGGAGAUCCGUGUUUCAUCCUUGUUUAGUCAUCCUAACCUGCUUCCGCUUCUUGAUCACUCUAUCAUUUCUGUUAAGCCUACACAAGAAGGAUCAUGGAAUCAUGAAGCGUAUUUACUAUUUCCUGUUCAUUUGGAUGGAACGUUACUGGACAAUUCCAAAGCUAUGACCUCUAGAAAGGAAUUCUUUUCUGCCUCAGAUGUCCUUCAAAUAUUUCGGCAGCUGUGUGCAGGACUUAAGCAUAUGCACAAUCUUGGGCCUCCAUAUGCACAUAAUGAUGUCAAGCCUGGUAAUGUUCUUUUAUCCCAUAGAAAAGGAAAAUGCCCUCUUGCUAUAUUGAUGGAUUUUGGGAGUGCUCGUCCUGCAAGGAAGCAAAUUCGAUCUCGUUCUGAGGCACUACAACUUCAGGAAUGGGCAUCUGAGCACUGUUCAGCACCUUUCCGAGCCCCUGAGUUGUGGGAUUGCCCAAGUGAUGCAGAUAUUGACGAGAGAACUGAUAUUUGGUCGUUGGGUUGCACAUUAUUUGCAAUAAUGUAUGGGGUAUCCCCUUUCGAGUAUGCACUUGGAGAAUCAGGAGGAAGCCUGCAAUUGGCUAUUAUAAAUGCACAGAUUAAGUGGCCAGCUGGACCUAAACAACCAUAUCCAGAAGAAUUUCACCAUUUUGUGACUUGGAUGCUUCAGCCACAACCUGCUCUUCGCCCUUGCAUAGAUGAUAUUAUAUAUCAUGUUGACAAGUUGGUCACAAAGUUUUCACAGUGAUAUCAUAUGAGGUAAGAAGGAAAGGGCGUUCAACCAGUGACGUGAAAGUUGACCAAUGCACAUUCUAGCAACUUGCAUCAUGGAUAUCAUUUACUUCAUAAGUGAAAAGCGUCCAUGAAAGCAAUGACAGUUCCUUAGUAAAACUCUCGCAUAGAUUAUUGUUUUCGGUGAAGUUGUGCACUAAUUCAUUUUUCAUAAUUAUUUAACUUCAUGAUCUGUAGUUUGUUGAAAUACAGAUCUGUCUCUGAAUCCCUGAUUCAAUUUUAUAGGAAAGCCUCAAUAAUUUUUGUUA